AUGCGCCUGCUGCCGUGCAUGAGGAGCUACAAUGAGAACGAGAGUCACUCGAAGCAGAUCGACAGAGAAAUCAAACACUGGAUACGCUCCUACAACGAGGCCAUCAAACUGUUACUGCUGGGCACGGGCGAGAGCGGCAAGACCACGAUACUGAAGCAGAUGAAGAUACUGCAUGUGCAGGGAUUCACUGCCACCGAAAGGUCCGAAAAAGUUCUCCACAUAAGGCAAAACACUCAUGAAUCAAUUUACGAGAUCGUUCGGAACAUGUCCCCCUUGAGUAUUGCGCUGCAGAAUCCCAAAAAUAUACGAUCACAACAGUACAUUUUAAAAAUUGGUGCAGAUGGACCCACGGAGUAUACUGAGGAUUAUUUCGACCACAUCAGAACAUUAUGGAAAGAUCCAGGAAUAAGGGAAUGCUUUAAAAGAUCCAAUGAAUAUCAACUAAUAGACAGUGCAGAAUAUUUCUUGGACCGGAUAGAUCUCAUAGCUAAGUCUGAUUAUAUGCCUUCUGACGCAGACAUACUACGAUGUAGACAGAAAACGACAGGCAUUCAGAAAAUUGAAUUUAAAGUUAAGGUACCAAAAUCAAUGCACGGCGGAAUUCAAGAGUUUUGGAUGUUCGACGUCGGUGGUCAGAGAGGAGAGAGAAAGAAAUGGAUACAAGCGUUCGAAGGUAUCCACGCGAUCUGGUUUCUAGUAGCGUGCAGUGACUUCGACCAAACCCUACGCGAAGACCACUCGCAGAACCGGCUCAAGGAGUCGCUGGCUUUGUUUGAGGAUGUUUGGCAUAGCAGGUUCCUGCUGCAGGCGGGGCUGAUCGUGUUCCUCAACAAGCAGGACGUGCUGGAGCGCAAGCUGCGCGCGGGGCGGCGCCUGGCGGACCACUUCCCGGCCUUCGCGCACUUCGCGGCGCCGGGCGACGAGUGCGCGCGCGCCAAGCUCUUCAUACGCAGCCUGUUCGCUGAACUGACAAAGAAGCGUCGGGAAAAGCGCAAGCUGGCAGCGUCGGCAGAACGCUUCGUAGUGCUGGAGGCGAGUCGACCGCGCGAGUGCUACUUCCACUUCACGACAGCCACCGACACUGACAACGUGCGCGCCGUGUUCCGCGACGUGCAGCAGAUGCUGCUGACGCACGCGCUCGCCUCCGUCGGCGUGUAUUAGACGUCUAGAACACUUCUCCACUUCACGACAGCCACCGACCGAUUUCGCCAUGCGACAAGUCGCCACUACAUUCACCGGUCGACAAAUAUAGCAAGCGACUUGCUUCCCGGGCAACACAAUCACUAGCACAGUGUCUUCGCCAGCGAAGACGAGGUCCCCGAUAUCUAACGUCAUCGGGACGUGGGUUUACUAACUCACGAUCUCGGGGGCGUCCGGACUAAUUCACUCAGGUCACGGUUACCCCCUCCCGAAUGGCCCUCUAAGCCGAGGUCCGAGUCUCAUAGGAGACGCCCUUAGAGAGUCGUUCCGUCCUCUAUCUUUAUUUCAGUCUUCGGGUCUCAUCAGGCGAUGCUUCUGCGCUCGCCCAACCCCCCGGUGACGGCGUAGUGGUCCCACAUGGAGCUAUCGGCACUUACUCAACAUGAAAAAAAAACAAAAAAAUAGCAUGGGACUUUGUCAUUUCCAAAGUGUUGAGCAGAGCGUAUUAAACAGAAACACAGCGCAAAACACAUCACAAUCGGCGGGCGAUCGUCUUCAACUAGCCAUUUAAGAUGGUCGAUUUGAAUCAGCCAUCGCAUGCGACUUAUAACCGCACGGCAAGUCGGAUGACGUCCAACAUUAUGGCCUGCGAUUUUAAUCACUGCUGCGUUGUUGAAUUAUCAUGUAGAAUAUGUUGUAUUUUCUACCCUGCGGCGAAAAUUGACCCAUGUCCCCUGGAUGUCAAGAAAACUUCGCGGUACUGGCGGCUUACCACAAACUUUUGCAAAACCAUCAAGAUAUAUUCUGUCGAUCUUAUAAUUAUAAGGGCAUAAUUUCACCUCAGUGAAAGUGGGACGGAUUGAGUGAAUGGAAUGAUCGAUGACGUCCAAAAUCGCUACAGGAAACAAUCCUGCGAUACGAUAAUUAGCCCUCGGGGUAUGAAAUGUCGAAACAUUAUGGAAUCGCUACGGAUUUAAGAGCUUGUGGUAAGGAACGUGAGGCGACACGACAUUCGACGAUUCAACUUCACGACAGUCACCGAUACUGACAACCUGACCCGUAUUCCGGGCAGCAGAUCUGUCGGCAUUAAACAUCAUAAGA